GGCGGCAACGGUAACGAACUUUAAGUAACUCUAUCAAUCGAUCAAAAAACAAAAAAUAUUAAAAAUCUUGCUGAGGAAGCAAAAAAGAAUAUGGGAGUUCAAGGUCUCUGGGAACUACUGGCUCCCGUCGGCCGCCGCGUGUCCGUCGAAACCCUAGCCGGAAAGAAACUCGCCAUCGAUGCGAGUAUUUGGAUGGUUCAAUUCAUGAAAGCGAUGCGAGACGAGAAAGGAGAAAUGGUUCGGAACGCCCAUUUGUUAGGGUUUUUUAGGAGAAUUUGCAAGGUUUUGUAUCUAAAAACUAAGCCUGUUUUCGUCUUCGAUGGUGCCACACCGGUUCUCAAGCGCCGCACCGUCAUUGCUCGCCGUCGCCAGCGAGAAAACGCCCAAGCUAAGAUCCGUAAAACUGCUGAAAAAUUGCUCCUCAAUCACCUAAAGCAAAUGAGACUGAAAGAGCUGGCAAAGGAUCUUGAGAACCAGAGGAAAAUGCAAGAGAAUAAUGGGAAGGGUAGGAGGGUUUCUUUGCAUAAGCAGUAUGAUGCUAACAUUACAGAUGUGGCAUUGACAAAUUCCGAUCAUGUAAAGCUGAAAGAAAAAUCAGAAGUGCCUAUUCCUGCUGAGGAAGGGGGUCACAGUGAAAAUGAAAAUGAAGAUGAAGAGAUAAUACUUCCAGAGAUUGACGGAAAUAUUGAUCCUGAUGUUUUAGCUGCUUUGCCACAGUCUAUGCAACGGCAUCUUCUUAAGCAGAAUGAUGAUAAAGGUGAGAAGAUUUUCUCCAGUGACCUAGAUCAAUCUAACAUGGAGAGGAGUAACACAGAACAUGAUGCUAUGCCAUCAAGUAGUUACAAUCAGGAAAAGCUGGAUGAAAUGUUGGCAGCAACUCUUGCGGCACAGGAAGAUAACAAUUUAGCUAACAAUGCAUCAACAUCAGUUGCAUCCAUCCCUUCUGAGGAAGAUGGUGAUGAAGAUGAAGAUGAAGAUGAAGAGAUGAUGCUUCCAAUGCAUGGGAAUGUUGAUCCUGCUGUUUUAGCUGCUUUGCCUCCAUCUCUGCAACUUGAUCUUCUUGUUCAGAUGAGGGAAAGGUUGAUGGCUGAAAACAGACAGAAGUAUCAAAAAGUAAAAAAGGCACCUGAAAAAUUCUCUGAGCUACAAAUACAGUCUUAUCUUAAAACCGUUGCUUUCCGUCGAGAGAUAGAUGAAGUGCAGAGAGCUGCUGCUGGGAGAGGGGUGGCUGGUGUACAAACUUCAAGGAUAGCCUCUGAAGCCAACAGAGAAUUUAUUUUUUCAUCAUCAUUUACUGGAGACAAACAGGUACUUACAUCUGCUAGAAAAGAGAGAGAUAAAGAUAAGCAGCAGGAGAUACAUUCAUAUCAUCCUUCAGGUUCUUUGAAUAGCGGUAUAUCAAUCAGUAAGUCCAAUAUAGUGACAGAAUCAGUCCCCAAUGAACCUAGUAGUGCUCCUGAUGAAGAUGUUGGGACAUAUCUUGAUGAGAGAGGCCAUGUACGUGUCAGUAGAGUGAGAGGUAUGGGGAUUCGUAUGACUCGUGAUUUACAAAGGAACUUGGAUUUGAUGAAAGAGAUUGAGCAGGAAAGAACAAAUUCAAAUAAGGCUGUGAAUGUGCAGUCUGUGCCAGAUAGGAACAGAAUUGGCCCUUCAAAGAGUUCAUCAAGUGAAAUCCUGUUUGUGGAAGCUUCACAUGAUGGUAACUGUGAAUCUGUAAAUUUGAAUAAGAGUAACCAGCAGUCUUCUUUUAAAAAUGAAGCUUGUAUGGAAAUAACUUUUGAAGAUGAUGGAAAGACCGGUAUUUUUGAUGAUGAUGAUAACAUCUUUGCACGUUUAGCAGCAGGAGAUCCUGUAACACUACCUUCUCCGGGGGAGAAACCUUCGAGAAAGCAAGCUUCAGAUUCUUAUUCAGAUUGUGAGUGGGAGGAAGGAACGGUUGAAGGAAAAUUGGAUGGUGUCGCUUAUUGUAUGAAUGCUGAAAAUAAUCCCUCGAAUAGGGAAAGCAAUGGUACUGAUGAGAGUGAAGUGGAAUGGGAGGAAGAUCCUUCUGAUGCUCCCAAGAAUUCCUCUGGCCCUGUUGAAUCAGGAAGAAUGUUCUCUAAAGGUUAUUUGGAAGAGGAAGCUGAUUUGCAGGAGGCAAUACGGAGAAGUCUCACAUAUUCAGAUGUCAAAAAAUCUAAUUAUUUUCCCUCUGAAGUUGAUAAAUCAAAAACCUUUGGAGAAAACAUGGAUGAAGGUUUUGAAUCUCUGCAUGAAAAAGGUAAUACGGGUGGACCAGGUUUUCCAGGGGAUAAUGUUACUCAGUGGAAUAAAUCUGUUGAAAAUUUAGAUAGAUUUCAGAAGCUGUAUACUGUGGAUGAGCGAAGUAUGUUGGAAACCUUUAAUUCUCCAGAGAGGUUGUCACCUGUAGCUCAUAAUUCUGAUAAAAACAGGACGCUAUUAAAUAAACCCUGUGAAAGAUCUGAUGGUCCUCAUUCUGAACAAUCAAGGCACAAUGCAAGUACAGAAUUAGUUACAACAUUGGAAACGGAGGUUGAUUUUCCUCCAAGGAAAAACUUGGAUGCUUCUAAUGAGGUUGAUGGAUUGUCAACCGUCUCUAACAGUUGGUCAAAGAAUAGUUCUCACAGUUUAGAUGCUGUACUUGAUGACCUUCCUGGUGCCAUUCUGGUUGAUAAGAAAAAUGGUUCUGAAGGUGAACCAUCCAUCUUGGUCAGUGAUAAGAAAAGUAGUGAACAGUGCAUUAUGGGUGAAGAUAAGAAAAAUACUUUUGAAGCUAAAACAUUGCAUCAAUCGAUUGAGAUAGUUGACUCAUCCGUUGCCCUUGUGCAGUCAUCUGUGAAUAAAGUAACAUCUGAUAUUCACAUUGAGCAAGAAUUAGUGAGGGAUAAAAAUUAUGAAAAUUGUGUCAAUGAAGCAGAGCAGGAUACAGACAUGUCUACAUUUAAGGGCAAUGACAAUGCAGAAAUUGAGUUCACAGAGGCUAGUUUGGAUGAGGAAUUGCUAGUUCUAGGUCGAGAAUGUAUGGAUCUAGGAGAUGAGCAGAGGAAGCUUGAACGAAAUGCAGAAUCUGUUAGUAGUGAGAUGUUUGCAGAGUGUCAGGAACUGCUGCAAAUGUUUGGCUUACCCUACAUUAUUGCACCAAUGGAGGCAGAAGCUCAAUGUGCUUAUAUGGAGCUGACUAACCUUGUUGAUGGUGUUGUCACUGAUGAUUCUGAUGUAUUCUUGUUUGGGGCACGAAGUGUUUACAAGAAUAUAUUUGAUGAUCGGAAAUAUGUGGAGACUUAUUUUAUGCAGGACAUUGAAAAGGAGCUUGGAUUAACAAGGGAAAAGUUAAUACGGAUGGCAUUGCUUCUUGGGAGUGACUAUACUGAGGGGGUUAGUGGGAUUGGCAUUGUUAAUGCUAUCGAGGUUGUAAAUGCAUUCCCAGAAGAAGAUGGGCUUCAUACAUUUCGUGAGUGGAUUGAGUCCCCAGAUCCUACCAUCUUGGGGAAGGUUAAUGUGCAAGAAGGAUCUAGUGCAAGGAAGAGAGGAUCAAAAUUCAGUGACAAAGAUGUAAAUAGUGCAAAAACCAGCAUGAUAGACUCUGUAAGCAGCAUUGAAGGAGUGUCUUCACUUGAUCAGAACAUUUCUCAAGCUGACGAAAACAAGCAGUCUAAAGAUUGUAUUGAUGACAUGAAGCAGAUUUUCAUGGACAAGCAUAGAAAUGUGAGCAAGAACUGGCAUAUACCUUCAUCUUUCCCUAGUGAGGCAGUUAUUUCUGCAUAUUCUUCUCCACAAGUGGAUAAGUCAACUGAGCCUUUUACAUGGGGAAGGCCUGAUCUUUUUAUACUUCGCAAACUGUGCUGGGAGAAGUUUGGAUGGGGUAGUCAGAAAUCAGAUGAGUUGCUACUGCCCGUUUUAAGGGAGUACGAAAAACGUGAGACUCAAUUGCGACUGGAAGCCUUUUACACUUUCAAUGAAAGAUUUGCUAAAAUUCGUAGCAAGAGAAUUAAGAAAGCAGUUAAAGGAAUCACUGGAAAUCAAUCCUCAGAGUUGAUAGAUGAUGCCAUGCAACAAGUUUCUAAAAGUAGGAAAAAGAGAAAACUUAGCCCAGUUCAAAGUGGUGAUAAUAAAUCAGGGGAACCUUCAAACAGGAAAGAGGACAUUGUUUCUCGGUGUCAGAUCAAAUCCACGGAAAAAUCAGUGCCUAAGUCAUCAAGGAAAAGGCAGAACCCUGGAAAGCAUGUUCCAUCUGAGAUGAUCACUCCAGAACCACAACUGCAGGCAGCUCGCAGGCAAAAAGCCAAUAAACAAUCACAUGGGAGUGGAAGAGGUAGAGGUCAUGGUGCAGGAAGAAGGCAUAAAGCAAGUCCUGAUUUUCAGCAGUCUGAAACUAGCUUUUCUGGCGGUGAUAGUGACAAAGAUUUCAAGGAAGUUGAUGGGGAGAAGUUAGAUUGGCCACAAGAAGUGCGAAGGUCAAUGCGAACUCGAAACCCUGUGAAUUACGUUGUGGAUGACCUAGCAGACGAGGUUGGCUUCAGCAAUAAAGAAUCCGUUGGUGAAGAGGCAAUGGAAAAAGAAGCAGCUGAUGAUCUAAAUGAAAAGAACCUGCCUGAAGUGCGAGCUCCUUCUCUUGAGGACUUCAGUAGAGACUAUCUUGAAACAGGAGGUGGAUUUUGCAUGGAUGAAACAGAAAUUGGUCAACCUGAUGCAAGCCAAGAUGUUGAAGCGGAAGCAUCGAACGAUUACCUGAAAAUGGGAGGUGGAUUUUGCUUGGAAGAAAGUGAGACUAUGAAGGACCUAGACACUGCUUACUACCAAGAUCCUGUCGGGGCAACUGACUCUUCAAGUUUCUUUGUUUCUACGGACAAAGCUGAUGAUAACAUUGGUUCAGCCGGACCAUCUUUCAAUGCUGAAGGAUCAUUGGAUGGACUCCAAAAUGGAGGGAAGACACAUAAACCAAUUGUUGAGCUGAAUCUGGACCAACAAAAUGCAACAAAUAAAGAUGAUUCCAAGAAAAGUGCAUCUCUUCGGGACUCAACCACAAAUGAUGUCGGGACAACAUUCAAUGGUGGUCUAAGUGCAAUGCCUACCUUGAAGAGAAAUCGGAGGAAGAGGUGAACCGCAGUUUACCUUUUGUGCUGUCUGUAACUAUUUUGGAGCCUGUAAAGUGCCCAUCUUGUGCCUGUUUCUUGGGAACUUGUAAAUUAAAUUUCCCCAGACUCUGGGCCUGGGGUCUCUUUGAAAUUUGAGGGUAUUGGAGUGUAUAUCUGUCAUUUUCUGUUACCAGGGGCCAUAUAAUAUGUACGGAGUACAGUCCUAGACAACUUAUUUUCGACUCAUUAUGGGGAAAAUGGUUUAUCAAGUCAACAAGCACUCCGUGAUGAUAUAAUUGUCUUUUCACUUCGUCGAUGAUUGUUUGGAUUCAAUUGGAUUUGGCUCUCAAAUGUGACCCUACUUUAAA